GCCCAUUGAGCAACAGUGUAUCAACAGCAGUCGUUGUGUUAAGAAUUUUAUAAAACAAAGUGAACUAUAAUAAAGAUGCCUUGCAAAGGAUGCGGAAACAACUGCCAGUGCACGUCCGGCAAAUGCGGCGGCAACUGCGCCGGAAACCAACAAUGCCAAUGUGCCGGCAAGACAGCUCCCAAGUGCUGCCAGACCAAAUAAGAUGACGUCCAAAGCAAGGCCUUAUAUGAAUACCCAGCUCCAUAUUGAAAUCUCCGACUGAUUAAUUUUCUAC